GCAGCAUCCAUGGACCGUUAACGUUCGCUGUUCGAUGUAUAAUCCCAUCGUGCACCGCAACAUAUUUUUGCAAAAUAUUCGAACAUAAAUUCGCCAAAUAUAAGAAGAAAAUCGUAGUUUAGUUUAAAGAAAGCAUUUUAGUUUUAUUUUAAUUUAGUUUGUUGCAAUGAUUGUACAGUUUGAAGAAACAGGAUUUUACAGUUUGAAGAAAUAGAAAAUUAUACCAUAUACCAACCGUCACAUAGAUGUGCAUGACAAGGAAGCGCUAUAUAUACUGGAUGCACCAUUGCAACAAUUUGACGUUAGGUUCUUUCUUGGGCUCUUUGAGUUAUCCGUAUUUUCAGGUAAGUAAGGCGGUCGUAUAAUCAGUAUUGGGGCCGGUAUGAUUGAAGGAGGGCCGGCCCUCGCACGCCGAAAUGUGGACCGGCCCUUCUGGCAAAUGCCCGGUAUCACAGAUUACCAGUCCGAGCCUGGCAGAGUUGCUAAGCAACCUCAACGUCUUUGGCGGACUAUUUCUCUGCUGAUCAACACUACGAAUGCUGAUAACGAAUAAAUUGUAAAAAGGCACACCAUGUGACGUUAUUUUCGAAAUAAGAUUUGAAAAGCUUUGGAAGUUUAUUUACAACACUUUAUAUGGUUUCGGAGUAGUACACUUUGACAUUUUAAUACAGUUCAGCGAGAAAGGCGACAAAGAAUAAGAAGGGGGCUUUCCAGUCUGUGUAAACGGGAACACCCACCACACAAAAACGCCCAUUUGUGUUUGCAGUGGGAUGAUAUUGGAAUACAUAGCCUAUGUGGACCGGACUCCCCUGCCCUCUUUCUAGUCCUCAGUCCAAACGUAAUGUCGACUCUUCUCCUCGGCUAUGGAAUCGCAACAAUGUUGAAAACUAGGGAGGGUGCAUCGCUAAGGGCAGGGGCCCUCCCCCUCUGCACGUGCUGCUGCCUGACACAACAGAGGUGACUUGAAAUAGUUAAUUAAUCCAUUAGAAGUAUGAAAAUAUAUUUCCGGUGGCAUAACGGGGCAAACAAGGUGUCCUUUGACUUUUACGUUUCGAGACGAUUGCAACGGUGCCACACAUGAUCAUAUCUGAAUAUGUUUCGGGGUAGUAAUUAGCUGUCGAUUUUGGAGGUCUUUAUCAAUAAUGACCAGCUAUAUAUUUGCUUCCCAAAGGAGAUUUUUGACAAAUGACAUGUGGUUUAGCAUCUACACGUUGAGCUGAGUCCAAUGAGACCAAGCUCGACCUUGUGCCACACCGAGAUCAUGUCCUAGACCAUAUGUGUACCAUGUAAAAUACAUGUACCGUUUUGCUAGAGUGUCAUGCUUGGUGCCACUGGACUCAACUCAACACUCGCAUGCUAAAUAACAUGUCAUUUGUCACAAAUUUCUAUCGGGAAGCAAAUCAAUAGCUGAUCAUUAUUGAUUAAGGCCUCCGAUUUCGACAGCUAAUUACUACCACUAAACAUAUUCGAAUAUGCUCAUGUGUGGCACCGUUGCAAUCGCCUGGAAGCGUAGAUGUUGAAGGACACCUUGUUUGUAUGAGGGGCCGUUUAGGACAUAACUAAUUGAGACACUCUCACACACAUACCUAUGAAACACUCUUACACUCACUACUGAAACGCUCACACACUCACUACUGAAACACUCACACAUACAUACAUACUCUUCUGAAACACUUACACAUACAUAUGAGAAACACACACGCAUACAUACAUACCUCUGUGGCAUAUACACAUACAUAUGAAAUGCUUACAUUCAUACAAGUGAAACAUUUAUACGUAUCUAUCUGAAACACUCAUGCAAGCACAUAUUUGUAUAAAUGUUUCAAAUGUAUGAAUACGUUUUUCAGUUAUAUGUAUGUAUGCUCUUACAUGAGGAUGUGCAAGCGUUUCACAUGUAGUAUUCAUACCAGUAAUUUCAGUAGUGACGGUGAGAGCGUUUCAAUAGUGAAUGUAAAAGUGUUUCAUAGGUAUGUGUGCAUGAAAUUCCAAGGUCAAGGUCGGCAUUUAAACCGGAAGGCGGGAACAAAGAGUGCAUUUUUGAACAGCCAGAGCGCGCCAGUCUGAGCCAACCGUCAAGAGCGACAUUACCUCAGUAAUCAGACCGUUAAUAACCUUAUCUCACUUACUACUUACACUAACCGUCAAUGGCAGACAAUAGCCUUUUAACCGCUGAAGCCGUGUCCUUACUGAGGAACUUACUACAGUCGCCUUCACUUAUUAAUAACGUAACAAACUCAUUAGAUACACCUUCUGCCAAUUCAAUUAAUUCGGAAAUUAGGUCUUUGUACCAACCUGGGUCUAGCAGCAGCAGCAUGCAACCCGCACCAGUCAACGGACUACUGAAUUAUUGUCCCCGUUAUGAAGCAAGGGCAACUUUUAGCUCAUGGAAAGCUAAACCCAGGCAAAAGUAAGUAUAAUUGUUUAUUUUUUAUUGUGUAAGAUAACUGUACCGUACCAUUCAUUUGCAUUGUUCUAAUAUUGGCUAGCCAGCAACGUAAAGGUAAUGUUGCUUGUUAGCUAUCGUAGCCCGACCUAUUAGCCCCCCACUCGCUGGUACACGUUACUUAAUAUUAAUUUCGGUGUCAACCAGGAUAACGGAUUUUAAACAACAUAAGCUCCAGCCCAAAAGGGGUAUUUAAAUGGUAUGUGUGCAAAACAUUACAGUUGUAGAGCGUAAUUAAGUGUACUAGAUAGCCAUUUAUUUAUGUGUGUACAAACUGUCAUGAAACGAACUGCGCGAAUUCGAUUUUGCGACGUCGAGAACUUGUGAGGGUCAUACAGUUUUCAACCGACACCGAUAUCUCUCUCCCUCUUUAAAUUGAGGUUUACCCGCUUAUCACAGGUGACAACUAUUACAAUUUGUAAUAGCUUGGGGCUAAUAGGUGUGUUUACGAUAGCAUAUUUGUGGGAAGAUAGCACUAACGUUGGCUCGUCUGACGUGUUGUUUUUCAUAGAGUCAGACAGAAAACCCCGUACCACAGGACGUUCAACAAGGACGUUAUUUUGCUGCUCAGUCCCUCAGACGACACAGUCGUCAAGCAGCGGAGGAAACAGCAAUUGUACAAAAGAGGGCAUAUAUUAAAUGCUUUCGAGUUUUGAUAAAUCCUGGGACCAUGGGGCAGUUCUCCGGGAAAUACGUAACGCUUUUAAGCAGAAAAUUCGCGAAGAUGUGAGGUAUGUAGCGUUAACAUUAUAGCAGAGCCAGUCAGACUCCAAUUCACUGUAGUCUGUAUUCGGAGACCUUUACUUAUCUAAUUAAACGAUAAUGUUUUUUCCAAGAAGGACAAAUGCCCUUAAAGGGGUAGUUCGGAAUUUUGGACAUAGGGCCUGAUUCCCAAGUGAGCAUUGGUAUUCUAUAUCACUGGAGACAGUUUUCAACACAUUUCAUUCAGUCCUUUUAGUUGCAGAGUUCGCUCGUGCUAGGCUAGCGCACGGCAACGGACAAUACUAGCCUGCUAUUAAAAACAGUCUUACCCACUCCACAGUACACCCGAGGUAAAUCAAUUAUAACGCCAGACUAUUGAUUUAAAUGUCUGUGUUGAUAGAAUAAUGUUAGAAAUAAAACUAACCUUGCAUCGCAUGAAUCAUCGAGGGACUACUUUCUCAGCAGAAGCGGAAUUCUACUAUGCGCUGGUUAGGUGUGUAACCGAAUCACGACAGAAGAACGUAAACAGAAGCGUGGGACAGAAGCGCAAUUGAACGACUAGGCAACAUGAUGGUUCAGUGUGCUUUUAGAAAUUGUAGAAAUAAACGGUACAGAUGGGCACCACAAAGUUUCCACCAAUUUCCAGUGCGAGAUCCAGAAAGGACUCAACUGUGGCUUGUUUCUGCUGGCUUGGACAUCAAAACACCGGCUCGUACAUGUACGGUUCGUUGGAUACAGCAAAUUCCUCAUAAUCGUCUUCAAAAGCAGAUGCAUCGCUAACUCCUCCAAACGUGGGCGUAUCUUGUUAAUUGAAUACGCUUAUAGAAUUCCUUCGUUCACUGUACUCUGCGUUUGUAGCAAUGACAGCGGCAGGUAACCUAGGUAUCAGUCCGCCGCUGCCGUAGCCUACGUACAGGAAUAUAAACACUCCUGCUGAGACCCCGCAAUUCCCUCAAAAUGCAAUGCAAUGCAAGCCUGAAAAUUCUGAUACAAGUUGCUGCGAAGAGGAGGAGGAGGACGUAGAGAUGGUGCGGUCAGUCGCCACCAGAGCAAGCGGUCUAUUCAACCCUGGCAGGGAUCAGCUGGACCACCCCACCAUGUCGGCGACAAGCAGCCUGGCACCGGCGAGCACCGUGGCCAGCAGCCUUGUUCCAGACAGUACCCCACAAUCGACCACCACAAGUACCGAUUACAGAGCCUACCUUUCGGUUAUCGAUCUGUCAUCUGAUGAAGAUGGAGAUGAGGAUCUGUAUACUGCCUUAUCGGCCAGCAUGGAAGACCAGAUGUGAGUAUUGAAAUAUUGCCUUUUAUUAAACAAAAUGUUCUUUUACUUGAGGUCUUGUUGAUUGCUCCCGGUGCUAAUUUUGAUGAUUGUUCUGUUCUUUAACUUUUGCUAGACUAAAACACACCAUUGUUAUUGUAAGUAUGCACUGUAAAAAAAAGCAACUUGUAUUUGUUGGCCUAAAACAGUACUUUAUGUUGGUAAAACUUGAAAAUAUAAAUUAGUGACAUUCUGUAUAAGAACUCAUUACAAUGUAAAAUUAUAAAUUACUACAAUUAACAGGACAGUUAGCUGAAGUGAGGAUUAAAAGUUAUUACAACGUUAAAUAAUAAGCUAGCACUGUCCUUGUCUGUAAGUGAAAAUCAGGUGGAUGUGUGUAUGCACAAAUGGCUACACUAUAACUGCGUAUGGUUGGAACAGUGAUCUAAACAUUAUUUUCCCUUUGAUGUUUGCUUUCAGAAAAGAAAGUUCAUCUGGAAGUGUCCCUGUACAAGAGAUUUUAUCUACACUUGGUGAAAAGAUCAACCAUAACCAAGUCAACCGGUUCAACAUAAACCGUGCUGCUGUGCUGGAUGGUGCCAUUCGGGGCUUUAAAAGAAUCUCGUUUGACCCGACACACAGGAUAGUGAGAUUUUCUGACGACAAAGGAACAAGUGAAGAAGCUGUGGAUCUUGGUGGUCCAAGAAGAGAAUUUCUUCGACUGCUUACAGAAGCUCUUGCACAGUCUUCAGUGUUUGAGGGAACAGAAGGGAACCUCAACUUGGCUCUUGAUUCAUCAGCUGUCAGAGAGGACCGAUACUUUGUUACAGGAAGGGCUAUUGCAGUAAGUCUGGUACAUGGAGGGCCUUCACCAAAUUUCUUGUCCCAAACAUUGUUUGACUGCAUAGUUCAAGGGCCAGAGAAAUCUAGACCAAACCUUGGGGACAUCGCCGACUCCGAAAUCCGUGAGAAAAUACAAAAGGUUUCAGAAUCAACAACUCUGGAGGAACUCACCCAGUCAACUGAACCUCUCCAAGACUAUCUUGCCAAUGCAGGCUGUCUGAAGCCACUGAAAAGUGUUGACGACAGGGAUAGACUUGUGGAAGAUGUCUUGAUGUUUCAAGUCAUCAACCGAGUCCGUGGACCAUUUGAAAGGUUCAGAGAUGGGUUAAAAACGCUUGGAGUCCGAGCAGAUCCAGAAUCGUUCAGUCCAGUGAUGUGCUACAAUCCAAGGCCGCUGACCGCUGACCAGGUUGAUGGGCUGUUCCACAUCCAGUGGUCAGAGGAGGGGAGCAACCAGAAAAGAGAGGAGAGAACAGUAGUUGCUUUCUGGAGGGACUAUUUGCAAGAUGUUGAAGAGGAAGAUGGAUCAAAGAAGUUGGGGGACAUCCUAGCAUUUGCAACUGGAUCUGAUGCAGUACCACCAAUCGGCUUUUCUCCUCAACCAACUCUUGAAUUUCUUCACCCUAGUGGUGGAGCAGCAAAGUUCCCUGUUGCCAACACCUGCAUCAGCUGUCUUCAACUGCCGAUCUACAGCACGUACGAUUGUUUUAAGACCAACAUGGACUUUGCAAUAAGAAACACACAGGGGUUUGGCAUGCCAUAGAUGAUGAAUUUAAAGUUCAAAAGUAUAAAAUGUAACAGUAUGUAAAAAGAAAAAAAAAAAAAUCUGACAUUUUGUUUAUUGUACAAUUACAUGGUAAUGUCGGUAUAUCCACUCCAAAAAUGUGUAUAUGUUGGAAAUUCAAAUUACUGAAUUCACACUAGACACAAGUUUGCUUGCUUUGUUAACUUCAGUGGAUACAUUUCCUAGUAAGGGCUUACAUUUGUCCUGUUUGUUUGAGUAAGAAUGGAGCCAGUUUACUUGAUGAAUUUGUUUUUAUUGUCAAGUUUAAUUAAAGUGUACUUUACUUGUUGAAUGAGCUUGGGGGUUCUGUUGCAGAAUGUAGAUGUGUCCAAUCUACAUUUUUUUUAUACAGGUACAUUUACAUAUUAAUAAAUGUUCUAUGUAAUAAUAGCCCCAUCUCUUAAUUCAAGUUCAAGUUUAUUGACAUACUAGACAUCAACUAGCAACAUCAAUAUCAGUAGUGAAAUUCUUAGGCUAAGAGCCAACUCAACUUUGCACACUAGAGAAUCAUUCACUUAGUCCUCUGGGAUGUCUUGCUUGCAAAAAAUG